UUGCUUCAAAGAUACCAAAUUGUUUACGUGUUAUGUGCCUAAAAGAUAACUAAAUAUUGACGAUUUCAUUUAAGAAAUCUAAGUAAUCUUGAUGAAAUUGAAGUAAAUCUUCAAAAUGUGCAAAGAUCUUGCGAUCUCAGUGUUAUUAGUUGGAUGCUUCAUUUCAUCACUAAAAGCAGGAACGCUUUACUAUCAGCACCCCGCGGAUAUACAGCCCAAUACACCUCAAUUAAGCCAUCACCAUCCAUCGAGGUUCAGCGACCGUCCAGUGUACAAUCUGCAAUCGUAUGCACCAGUCCACUAUCCUUCUAGGGAAACGAAGCAAUGGACAUCGGUAGAGAGUGUUGCUUUCAACUCUCAAGGAGGCAGUACAAAACAGCAAAAUCAUACUAUCGAAAGACAAUACAUUACACCCGAAGAUAUGGCAACUUCCGCAACAGUAGCAGGCAGGACCAUUACCCCAACAGAGAGUUCCACUGCGCACACAGCUGAUGGACUAAAACAUGACGUAUUCACUGCACUUUCUCCGACCACCCUUUCUCCACCGUCUAAGGAUGAAGAGCUACGUCACCACCAUCAUGAUGAUACUCAUUAUCAUCAUAAACAUAAAAAAAAUCAUACACACCAUCAUCACCAUCACCAUCAUCAUCACCAUCAUAAACAAUCUGCACUGAAUACAGAUAUCACAAAAACGGAUGCCACAAAGGGAAACCAAAUUCAAUUUCAAUUGAAUAAUUUUUUGAAAGACAUCGAACAUAAGCUACUUGUACUUAAAUUAGCUGUAUUCAAGUAUGCCCGACUUUUAGACGAAGAUCCGGACUUGCAGGAUCUGGAUAGAUCACUUUCACUCACACAAGUUGACGAGGACAGGCGUUGAUAAAGCGUUAGAUGGAUAACUCGACCAAUGAACGAAGAGCUUAUAAGUCCCGUAAUAAUGUAAAUGUUAAUGUUAUCGAUGAUGACUAAAACAACAACAGUUUUAAUUUCAAACUAAAUUCCAACACUUUUGUUUGCGAAAGUUCUUCUUUGAGUUAUAGUGCGGUACGAUUUAAGAACCUGUUAGGUAGCGUAUGGCUUCAAAUUAAAAAAAAAACAUCUUCAUUUUCAUAACGAUCAGCACAGUGAUAAUGAUAUGCUUUUGUAUUCAGGUGAGAUUUACCUGAAGUAUAUACCUUCAUGUAAACUUCUCGUUAGGGUAAUUAACAAAACAAACCCAUCAUAAUUUGCCUAUAUUGAAUUCAUCUACCAUACAAAUCAUCCAACUGUGUUAUUGGCGAAGAAGCCAAGCAGAUUUUACCCGUUGAUGGGCAAGGAUAUCUAGUUUUUAACGAACUCUUGAAGUGACGAUAUCUUCACAUUCGUAUCAAUUGGCGAACAUUGGCUAAAAUGAGAGUUGUGUCAGUUUCUGUUCUGUUCAGUGUAUUCCACAUUUCAUUCCUCAACGCAGGAAAGCUCUACUAUCCAAAUCCACCUAUUAUAGAUGAUGUUCCACUUAAG